AUGCAGUUUAACAUCAUUGUCGCACUCCUGGCCCUUGGAGCCCCCUUGGCUUAUACUUCCCCCAUACUUGGUCCGGACAACGAGGCAAUUCCAUUCUACGAAAAGCGUACCGAUAACAGUGAAGCCAUCCCGUUUUACGAAAAGCGUGCGGGGGAUAGCGAAGCGAUACCAUUCUAUGAGAAGCGGGAGGAAAAUAGUGAGGCUAUACCUUUCUACCAGCGUCGUGCGGACAACAGCGAAGCUAUUCCGUUCUACCAGCGUCGUGCGGACAACAGUGAGGCUAUACCGUUCUACCAGCGUCGUGCGGACAACAGCGAAGCUAUUCCUUUCUAUGAAAAGCGGGACGAGGAGAGUGAGGCCAUCCCCUUCUAUCAGUAG